AUGGUGAAAGAAACCACUUAUUAUAAUGUUUUGGGGGUCAAACCCAAUGCCACCCAGGAAGAAUUGAAAAAGGCUUACAGGAAACUGGCCUUGAAGUACCACCCUGAUAAGAAUCCAAAUGAAGGAGAAAAGUUUAAACAGAUUUCUCAAGCUUAUGAAGUUCUCUCUGAUGCCAAGAAAAGGGAGUUACAUGACAAAGGAGGAGAACAGGCAAUUAAGGAGGGUGGAGCAGAUGGUGGUUUUGGCUCCCCCAUGAACAUCUUUGAUAUGUUUUUUGGAGGAGGAGGAAGGAUGCAGAGAGAAAGGAGAGGUCAGAUUGUCAAGCAUGGAGAUAUAAAGUGUGUGUUAAACAAAGGUAUGCCAAUUUAUCAUAGACCAUAUGAAAAGGGUCGCCUAAUCAUUGAGUUUAAGGUAAACUUCCCUGAAAAUGGCUUUCUCUCUCCUGACAAACUCUGCUGGAAAAACUCCUACCCUGAGAGGAAGGAAGUAGAAGAGAUUGAUGAAAUGGAUCAGGUAGAACUGGUGGACUUUGAUCCAAAUCAGGAAAGACGGCGCCAUUAUAAUGGAGAAGCAUAUGAGGAUGAUGAACAUCAUCCCAGAGGUGGUGUUCAGUGUCAAACCUCUUAAUGGGGCCAGUGAAUAACACUCACUGCAGGUAUUUUAUAUGCAGUAGUGAAU